CCGCAGUCAACAAGCUACCGACCCGAACUGAAACUGUCUGUGUUGAAGAAAGCGGUCAUCUGCUAAAAGGAAAUGUCAUUGCUGAGUUAUUGGAUUUUUGGAACAAUAGUAUCUUUAUGCUGUUUGACUAUACAUGGUAGAGAGGAGUGCGAAUCUGGAAAGUAUGGAGAUGGUUGUAGUCGAAACUGUUCUCAAGGCUGUAAAGCUUUUCGAAAUAACGAAGUGCGCUGUCACAAGGAAACUGGAAAAUGUUUCGAAGGAUGCAAUGCGGGAGUGUACGGUGACCGGUGUGAUCAACAGUGCAGCAGAAAUUGCAAAGAACACACCUGUAUCCAGCAAAAUGGACACUGCGUUUUGGGCUGUAUAGAAAAUCACAUCGGCGACUUCUGUGAGACUUACCAACAGACUACUGUCGUGCAUCAAGGUACUACCUACAGCAGUCACACAACCGUUACCACAGGUGUGGCACCGACAAGCAGUUCCCAGGUCGUCAUUCCAGUUGUUGUAACAGUACUUGUCCUUAUCCUCAUCCUUGUGGGCGCAGUGAUUUUCUUCAUAUGGGGCAGAAAGAAGGAGAAGAAGAAAAGAGCACUUGACACCAACGUUGAGAAGCGAUCUUCCCCAGGUGCACCUGACCCCGACGGCGUUGUGAAGAGAUUACUCCCAGGAGAGCGGGUUUCUCCAAGACAACCGAGGUCGCCUGGUCAUGAACCUACGAAGUUGCAUCGGAACAGAAAAGUGAACCAGAUGAUAUAUAAUAAGGGAAUGGCAGACGACCAGGAAUCUAUGGAGGAAGACCACGAAAAUGACUCUGAGGAUGAAAACACUGGCAGCGACAGUGAUGAGGACAGCGGACAACAGGUGAAGGGUAUUGAAGAUUUCGUGAGAGAUCCUCGGGAGCAGGAUGUGACCGUGCAUGUCAAGGUCAUGAAGGUGGGACAAGUGGAGGAAAAGUCCAAAAAGAAACAGUUCAUGGCCACUGUGGCUGAUGCCACCUCAGCUGUUCGCAUUUGUGUGAGGGAGGAAAAACUCUUUGACAAGUUCAAACCGGAAGUAUGCAUUAUUCUGAGAAAUGUCACCUGGAACGGGAAGGUUUUAUUCACUUAGUUCUCUUCCACGGCAACCUUUGCCGCGGAGAUUCCGGUGCAAGGAAAUAUCACCGCCGAUGCUUUUGGGGAAAGAGAACCACUGCCCAUAUCCGAAGUCCCCAGACAGGAUAAUUUGAUCAGGUUUAGCUUAAGAGGAAAGAUUGUGAAGCAAUCCCCUCUCACAAAACGGAAGUGCUAUAAGAAGGUGUUGUUGUAUCGCCAAGUUAAGCUCAAGGAUGACACUGGUUUUGUCUACAUGGACGCGUGGGACAACAUUGCUGAGCAGAUGCAGCUUGGCGAGGUCUUCAAGGUCAACUCCUGCAAGAAGCGAGAAUCUAAAAGGCCUCACGACCAAAGGGUGACAACAACACCAAAGUCUUCAGUGAUGCGCCUUCCUAGCUCAGAACUAAGUCAUAUCCUGAAGGAUCCUUGUUACCAAAGAGGUACGCUUGUCGGGAUAGACGUCACACCGUACAUGUCAUGUCCAACCCCCAGAUGUUUCCGUUACCAACUGACAGACGGGCUAUGUGAGUCUUGUCAGCGUCAGAUCCCAUACCAGGACCAUGUGAGCUAUGG